UUUCUUCUUUUUCCAUUUUUUUUCAUUUCUUUUCUUUUCUAGGCAAUGGAUUCUGAUUGGAACGGAUGCAGCUGAGCUUCUCUUCUCUUCUCUUCUCGCUGCAUUUUCUUGCAGCUCUUCUUCCCCAUCUCCGGCGAAUCCGCAAUGGGCUGAGCUGAGCCACCAAACACCACCGGUCAAAAUUCUCGGAAAAGAUCCCCAAAAAGUUCUUGCCGGAUCGUCGUCCAGAGAACGCGAUGGAGAGGAGACAUCGCCUGCAUCAUCUGCUGCUCAUCUUCUUCUCGCCAUGGCUGCUGCUUCAUGUUCAUGGCGUGAGGUCGCUGCAGUUCACCCGGGACGACUUCCCCGAUGGCUUCGUGUUUGGAGCCGGGACUGCGGCUUAUCAGUAUGAGGGAGCAGCUGCAGAGGAUGGGAGGAAACCAAGCAUCUGGGACACUUACGCACAUUCAUGGUGGAACCCAGGAGGCGAAACAGGUGAUAUGGCAUGUGAUGGCUACCAUAAGUACAGGGAGGAUGUCAAGCUAAUGAGUGAGAUAGGUCUGGAGGCUUGUCGGUUCACCAUUUCUUGGUCCAGACUUGUUCCCAAUGGGAGAGGAGCGGUUAAUCCAAAAGGGCUGCAAUUUUACAACAGUAUGAUAAAUGAGCUGGUGAAAGCAGGUAUUCAGAUACAUGCUGUCCUGUACCAUAUGGACCUUCCUCAGAGCCUUCAAGACGAGUAUGGUGGGUGGGUUAGCCCCAAAGUUGUGGAUGACUUCACAGCAUAUGCCGAUGUGUGCUUCCGAGAGUUCGGUGACAGAGUUGCGCAUUGGACAACUGUAAUUGAGCCAAAUGUCAUGGCUCAAUCUGGCUACGACGAUGGGUAUCUCCCACCAAACCGUUGCUCAUAUCCAUUUGGUAGAAGCAAUUGUACAGUUGGAAAUUCCACAGUUGAGCCAUACCUGUUCAUACACCAUACCCUGCUAGCUCAUGCUUCAGCUGUUAGACUUUACAGGGAGAAGUACCAAGCUGCACAAAAGGGCAUUGUUGGCAUCAACAUAUACUCCAUGUGGUUCUACCCAUUAACAGAUUCAGCUGAAGAUAUUGUUGCCACUGAAAGAGUAAAGGAUUACAUGUUUGGAUGGAUCUUGCAUCCUUUGGUGUUUGGAGAUUACCCAGUGACAGUGAAGAAGGCUGCCGGUUCCCGCCUUCCGUCCUUCUCUAACAACGAAUCUGAGCUGGUUACUAACGCGUUCGACUUCAUUGGGUUGAAUCAUUAUAUCUCAAAUUAUGUGAGUGAUGACAGUAACGUAGUAAAGGCGCCGCUACAGGAUGUCACUGCUGAUAUGGCUUCUCUCUUCUGGGCCACCAAGAAUAGCACACCUACUCGAGAGUUUCUACCAGGGACCACAUUAGAUCCUCGGGGCCUAGAGCAUACUCUUGGAUACCUUCAAGAAAAGUAUGGAGAUUUUCUGGUUUAUAUCCAGGAAAAUGGCAGUGGAUCAAAUGCAACCCUGGAUGAUGAGGGUAGGAUUGACUGCUUGAGAAAGUACAUGGCAGCCACACUGAAAUCCAUCAGGAACGGCGCCAACGUGAAGGGGUACUCCGUAUGGUCGUUCAUGGAUCAGUACGAGAUGUUUGGCGGCUACAAGGCGCAUUUUGGCCUUGUCGCCGUCGAUUUUGGCGGCGGGGAGCUGAGAAGGAUGCCCAGGCACUCUGCCAGAUGGUACUCAGGCUUCCUGAAGAACAAUGCUGUCGUUGAGGUGGAGGAUGGCUUCGUCUCUGCAGCAUCUCAUUCUCAGCUUUGAGUGUCUGUCUGCUGCCAUUCUGAAUUUGAAGCCUUAGCCUUGCUGUUCUCCUGCAAGAACAACUGUAUGCUCUAGUGACACGAUGAUGCAUGGUCUUGCAAUUUUCAGAGUUGGCUACGGCUAUGGCUGCAGCCUCAACACUCGUUGGCUUAAAUCCUCCCAAUUCCCAAAGACAGCUCGAGGGCUUCACUACUAUUAUAAAUAAUAGGUCCCUUUCCGAUGCUCUCCACUAAUGUUAUUAUACUACCAGUGAAAUUAAUCU